AUGGAGUUUUACGAACCGAGUAGUGUGCAGUUAAAUGGAAUAACACGUAUCGACCCGGACGAAUAUAACCCUCAAACGUUUGGUCCAGCAGUUGACCGGUAUGGAUUUGUUGGAGAGCAUAAACAGGCAUCGUAAGUUUAUUUUAAUACCUUUUAAGUCUUUUUAAUAGCACUGUUUCUGUUUAAAAUUUAUUGGAGAAAACUCAGAAAAUCCAGCCAGCGUGGUUUGAAUGUAACAAUAAUAAUAAUAUUUAACUACGUAUUUUGUAUGGUGUCAUUACUACACAUGCACAAUACCAUUGAUCAAGCUGAAAAUUAAGAAAAAAAAUAUUAAACUCUAUUUAAGGGGGGUUUAUGCAAUGUCUUGGGUUUGUUUCAAAGUUGUGCUACUGCUGUGAUGAAAUUAAUUAAGGAAUUAAAUUUGAUGUUAGCACAUCAGUGGUGCAAUGUUUAAAAGCAUUCAUCAUCGGGGUGGCAACUUGUAUUUAGUAUAAAAGGUGGGUUUAAACAAUGUGUUGGGCUCGUUUGACACUAAAUUUCACUAAAAUCAGGAAUUAAAUUCUAUGGCAGGACAGCAGUAGCAGACUUUAAAACCGAGGCAACUUGUAUUUAGUUUGACAUGGCUAUUGUAGUUGACAGGUCUGUCACAAUACAUUGGCAGUAGCAUGGCCUGGUUUCAAACAAAGCACUUCUGCCAAGUCAAACUAAAUUUAUAAAUUUUGUAAAUGCAUAUGUUUAGCAUUUCGAAUGUGUUGUGCAUGCAGUAGCUGACAGUUGGCUAGCACACAGUGCACUCUGUGCACUAGUUAAGCAGAAAGCCAGAAGGUUCCUCUCAUACCAUUGUAUUAAUAAUAAUAAUAUUAAUAUUAAUAAUAAUAAUAAUGAUAAUAAUAAUAUCAACGAUAAUAGUCAUUUAUGUAGUGCUUUUUCCAUAAAUGCUCAAAACCGCUUCACAGUGUUCAUAGUAAAAGAAAGUUUUACAACUCAAUUGUAAAACACAGUUAAUGGAGCGUGAUGCCCUCAAUCAGCAACAUGUAAGGCAGUGUUAUGCUAUAGUCCUUAUCAAAUCUCAUAGAAUUUUACUCGUAGUGGGUAAAAGUACUGGGUAGUACGUAAAAUCACUUUUAUAGCUGGAAAAUUACUGAUACAAUAGCAAUCCUUGUUUUUGUUGCAGUUGGGGCUAGUUUCUAAUGUAUUGCUCGUUUUGUAUGGCUAGUGAAAAAGAUUUUCCUCAUGGCCAUCUCGUGAUGCACGUACUGUUCAGUAGUACAGUAUUUUUAAUUGGCUUUCCUCGGGAUAGCAUUCGGACCAUAAAAGGCCUAGUAAAAGUCCUGUGUCUCAUUCCGAGCUGUAUUGCUAAGUUGGAAUACUUCAACCAUCCUAAAGUUUUGUAAUUCCCACCAUUCCCUCCCUUUGGAGGCUUUGUUGUUGUUCCUAAUAAACACAGGCUCACUGCUUUCUUUUGCCUUUGGUUUAAGUCUCACGGCGACUUCCCUGAGCUUUGAUUUUAAUGCAAACUUUUAUAUUUGAUUGUAUUCCAGCACAUGCUGCCGGAGUCAGCUUGUAGUGCUGAUAAGAUAAAGUUCCUAGAACAAAAUAUUUGCCUAUACUCUUCCAUUAAGUUGCACGAUGCUGGCCAGAGGUUUCAGCUCAUAGUGCCAUGGAGUGGUAGGCCGUAUUAAGUUUGUUUCCUUUGGACCUACCUGAACUUGUCUGAUCCAUCACACGUAAAUUAGCGCCGGGAGAUAACUAGGGCUUUAGGGUCACGUUAUGGAAGUCGUCCACCACGCCGAUCAUGGAGCGGUGUUCCCCCCAUUACACCAUAUGUUUUGUUGUCGUGUUUUAUUACACGUUAAUUUUUAAAGUGUAGCUAAAGAAACUGUGACAUUAAGAAAAUUAUAAAACCUUGGACAAGAUUUACAAGUUUUUCACUAGCAUGAAAAAUAGAAGUUCUUAUUCUAAAUAUUGAAGUACUAUUAAUAACUAUAAAAGAUCGGCAUAUGCCUGUUGAAAAAGAUAGGUCUUCAACUGUUCUUUAAAACAAUCUUAAGUCUCACGUAAUUGUAUAUCCUUUGGUAAAGAGUUCCAAAAAGAUGGCGCAGAUACCAAAAAUGAUCUAUAACCAUACGAACAUAAAUUAUAAUGUGGUAUUUUUAAUUUCUUAUCGGUUAAGGAUCUAAGAUUACACUGAGGUAUAUAAAUGUCUAAAAGGUCAGUAAUAUACAUGGUGGUGCUAAUCCAUUCAGUGCCUUGUAUGUUAGCAACAGUAUCUUAUACACAAUUCAUUCUUUAAUCGGUAACCAAUGGAGCUUGAACAGAACCAGUGUUAUGUGAUCCCUUUUGGAAACAAAAAGUAUGUUGAUCAAACUGGUGAUUCUCUGCAUUUUGUUUGUUGACUAAAAAGGUGACUGGCAAUGAAAUUUAUUACUUUAAAAUCGAAGCUCUACAAUUCUCCACUUUUACAUGGUUUAAGCUUGAACCCUUGUCACGACACUUACAUCUGUUUUAUUGGUAGAAAUCUUGAUUUACUGACUACAAUAAACUUUAAAUAUUUGCAAACGACUAGCUUCAGUGACUUUUGCAUGUGAGAUAAAAAUAAUGGUUUUAAUACAUGUAUAAUGCAGAAUAUUUUUGGCUAUUUUCUCCUCAAGGUGUUCACAAGAAUCGGUAUUAGACUGUACGAUAAACAAGGCUUGAAGUUCGAGGCCAAAUGUUUUAAAAGUCGGUGGAGGUUAUAUAUUUAUAUUUAGUGAGUCAUGUUUCAUCAUUCUCCCGCUAAAAGUAUCAAGCUCUGCCUGAAGUAAUUUGUAGUGACUUAUACAAUUCUCUGGAUUUAUGUCAUUUCUCAGGAUCUACAAGUUGAAGUUAGUUUAAUCAUUAACCAGAUAGUUAUUUUGAUUGGCUAUUCUUGUGACAGUUAAACUUUUGUUGUCCUUGUUUAGAAGAGAAAUGGAGCUGAUCAAAAGUAAGCUGUGUUUGUGGUCAAAUAAAUUUACUGGUAGCAAAUGGUUUUGUGAGAGACAAUAUGAAAUCUGACUUCUGAAAUAAUCAUAAAUCAAACUUGACGCUGCUUGUUUCACUGCAGAUCUGAAGUUGUACUGAAAUAAUGCAAGAUCUCAGGAUCCUAAAUUGAUUUAUCAAUGUUUUUGGCCUAGAAGCGAAUGUUCAACGUUCUUCCAUGAUUGCCUCACUCCGUCACUGCAUGAUGCUGGGAGAAAUUAUUAAAAACUACUGAUUUAGGAAAAACUUUUACUGCCGGGCCUUGACUAUCAGUUUUUAGAAGCAUUUUAAACAAUAACAAAUGGCCUCAAUGCAUCAAGGAUGAAAAUGGCACUGCACAUAAAGCUCAAGUUAAGAUAAUUGCUUUUAAUUGUUUUGUUAGCUGUUAUAACCUCUCACAAUGUUGUAUCUAAACAAUAUUGCCAUUCACUAUAACUUAUCAUCUAAUAACAGCAGAUUUUUUGUUUGAUAGUUAUUUUUGAGGUGAAACAAAAAAAGCGUGAUUGGUAUUAUUUUAUUCUUUGAUAUGUAAGCUGUUGAAAAGGCAGGAAACCACAAGCCACAUUAAAUGUACCAAUGUAACUACAUGAUAAUUAUUAUUUUCCAUAUUUUUUCACAGGGCAUCAAAACAGGCAGUUGCUGUAGAUGUUUUCAGGCAUCGGGAGUUAAAAUGGGUGGAGAUGUUUCAAAACUGGGAUAAAUGGAUGACAAAGAAAUACCCAAAGGUUGGUUUUGGCAGUAAAUGUAAGACAAAGGUGAAGAAUGUUAGGGCAUUACAGUACACAGGUGUACAUGUACAUGUAUGUGGGAUUUCUAGAUGAUUACAAUAUGCAGCAAGAGAAGAGAAGAAGUAGACAAAAUUAUACAUUUCCCCACUUACAUGUAUUACAGUGGAACCUUGAUAUAAUGAACUCCUAUAAUUUAUAAUGAACUUGUUGUUAUAACGUAAAAUUUUCUGUACCCUAAGUGAAGUAAAAUAUUUGAAAAACAACUUCAAUAUAGAACAAAAGAACCUUGUUAUAGUGAAAAAAUUUUUGCCAGUCCCUUUCCCCUUUCUUAUAUCGAGGAUCCUCUGUAAAGUAGAGAGUAGAUUAAGCAUAGAACACUAUCUUACUAUUAUUAUUAGUCUGAUGACAUCAAAGAAUGAUUCAGAGAUUCUGAAUGAUGUUUCAAAAGCUUUAUACUCUUGAAUUAAGAAUUAUUUAGUUCCUCUAUCCAGGUAAUGUAUUUUCAGGUAUGGGCUUUCUCUUGGAUUAGAAUGUGACAGGAUGUGACAUCAUCACAUUUAAGUCAAGAGAAACCUUGAUAAGUAAAAUUAUUUGUACUAUAACCAAUAAACUCAAUUGUUGUAGUACUGAGAUUUGAAUGUAAUAUAACAGUGGAACCCUGCCUUAUGGCCACCUCGGUAAUAUGGUCACCUCGUUAUUAUGGCCAGUUUUUUUCAUCCCUGCAAAAUGGCCAUUACACUUCAUUAUAAAAAAAAACCUGCGUUAAUGCAGUCACCCAAUAAUACGGCCAAUGGCUACAUGUUGAUAUCCCAAAAUUACAGUAGAAUUUCUUAUAAUUUCACCCUGUUAAUACAGCCAAUCAUUUGAAAUGUAGAAAAUUAAAAUGCCUGUGACAUGUCAAUCUUAUUGACCUAGAAAUCUGAGCUUUUUCUUGUGCUGUUUUUAGGCUACAGUACACUUAAAGUGCACUUGUGGCGAUUUAUAGCCAAAUUUUAAGAGUUUCAUGUACUGAAGGAAAAUUUUAUAUGUUUUUUAAAUCACUGUAGGCAAUAUCUACAUUCCAAUUGUUUAUUAAUGCGAACAAUCGUUCAAAAAAUGCGAAUGCGAUGCUGUACCGUCUAUUGGUCAUUACAGCCCUUAAGUAAUGAAAUUUGAGCUUGCCCCUAUAAUACAGCCACCCCGUUAAUACGGCCAUUUUUUUUUACCCAUUGGUGACCGUAUUAACAUGGUUUCACUGUAUUAACUUAACAAUGUAAUAAUUCUUUCAACAUGGUCAAUUAACAGUAGCAGGGGAUGAAACACUUGGGGCUGUAUCCCAGUUGACGUCAACUUAAUACCCUUUCAACCCAUUAUAGCGUACCACAUCCAGGGUCUAUAUCCCUUACCCUUUAUAACCUUUUCACUAUAUGUAUUCUAUGGCAAGAUUGUUUCUCUAACCUUUCCUUUGGUGUUACCAUUCAAAUGAAACCUCAUUGAUCGGACUGCAUAACAUAAGACUCUUUAUUUCGUAGGAUUGGAAAAAACAAAAAUAUUGGUUUUUUUGUAAACUUUUUCUUUGGUCACCAUUACAUGUAGGAGUGAAAAAGUUAAUUCAUUAAUUAACGAGGGUCACUUACAACUUCUAUCUCGCAAACAUUGUUUAUGAUGUUGACACCCGCCAAAGCUAUAAGUGCCCCACUAGUCAGCCAUUGACCAGCUUGCUUGAUUGAAUGUGUUGUUGAUUCUUUUAUCAGUGUUUUUCCCUAUUCUGUUUGUUAUUGCUGAAUGUCUUUCUAAUGUUUCUACAUGUACCUGUACUUUGUUAUUAUUAUUACCAUUAGUAGUAUUUCCUUUUGUUCUGGAUCUCUUAGCGAAGUUUACUCUGUGUUUCAAUGCCUAAUUUGGCAGAACUUUUAAAUAAAAAAAGGAAUUUAAGUGAACUAAUGAAUAGACCAUCAAUUUAAAUUACUGUUUUGAAGCAUUGAUUUUUUUAAGCAGUCUCAUUUGAGAUCAUAGUAGUGAAGUUAUUAAUAAUUCUUCGGUGCAAGAAUAUUGCAUAUUGUAGUGAUAUUUGGCAUAAAUACCACGAGUGAUAUUUCAAAAUUGUUAUACGUAAUUUCACGAGCCGUUAGGCGAGUGAUACAUGUAUUUGAGUCAAUUUUGAAAUAUCACAAGUGGUAUUCAUGCCAUAUAUCGCGUACAAAUCAUGCUAUUAUUUGUUUAUACUACUACCCGCAAAAGGUUUGUAAUUUUCACAUGUAGGUAUGUCAAAUUAAGCUGAAAUAUCAUUACUCUAAGCCAAUCAAAUGGCAGAAAUUUCUCAUGUAAUAGUAUAAAGCCACAAAACUCAUAAGUCAGCGGUUCUAAAACUAGGUUGCAAAUAAGUCUUAGUAUUAAUUUUUUCCAAAAACUGACCAUUUUAAAGCACAGAUGACAACCUGACAAAGACCUUGGUUAGAUAGAUAAAAUUCACCAACCGGUACAGAACCCCAUGCUGACCUUUUUUGACUAGCAUAGACUUUUAUUGCUCUCAUAACUACUUUAAUAGACAGCUAGCAACUUUUCAAUGAGGGACCAUUGAAAGCGGAAUCCCUUUUGCAAUUACAGGUCAAGGAAAGAUGCCGUAAAGGUAUUCCAUCCUCUGUUCGUGGAAGAGCCUGGCAGAAGUUAUCAGGAAGUGUAAUCCUAAUGAAUAAACAUGGUGGAUUGUUUGAGGUAAGAUUGUUUAGCAAAUUGCUUUCUUUUAUAGACUGUUGUAUACAAGAACGUUAUUUCAGUUUGUGAAAUUUCAGCAGUAAACUUGAUGGCAGGGUAAUAAGAAUUGGCUUGUUGAUUGAAACUUUGUUCCCUGUGUUUUGUUAUAAUGCAGUCGUGGUAUUAUCUGUUGUGACAUUGCUACAUACUUUAAUUGAAUUCUAAAAAUUAUGUGAAUGACUAUAACCACAGCAUAAUUUUCUUUUCUUGGUACAUAGCAAUAAAUACUAUGGUUAAGACGUGACUUAAUGUUAAGGGUGGCUGUUAAAAAUAAACGGUUUAGCUUUUUUCAUUUACUGCUGUAAAAAUGAGAUGGUUGUUGAAGUCAGUGAGAGCUAGAGAGCAGACAUAGUUCUGUAUUACAUGUAUGUUAAUGUUAACUUUCUGACAGUCAACCAUAACACCGGUACCACUGUCUACAAUUGCAACAGUCAUGAAGGUAGACCAUGGCAGACCCUGUAGACUGUUGAUGUACGUUGAAUAAAACAUUGCUUUGUUGGAAAAUCUCUAUUAUAUGAGCACUCAUUUUAUUUUGCAACUGAUUGUAGCUUAUGCUAUAUUAAUCAGUUACGGUGAACCAUGUUAGAUUAACACACUCACAUUUCAUAGAUUUCUAUAUCUUAAAAAGUGGGGUCUGUUACGAUAGAAUCAAUGUCAACAACAACAAUGACAAGGAUUAUUUGCAUGACUAUAGCAAAUACAUUAUUGCAAAAGCUAUUCAUGACUAAUUUUUGAUUUCGUUAAUUAAUUCUUAAGAUAACUUAAAAUAAAAUGGAAUAAAAAAAUCUUUCUUUAUUUUAAACUAUUCAUACAAUAGAAUUAAUCAUUCUAGAGAGAAGUUUAUCUCUCAGUCAAUGCUGGUGGUGUACGGGAGUGUGUUUGCCCAUUCUGCUUCCUUAUAUUUUCUCUUUUAUCCUAAAUAAAAAUGUAAUCUUAUAUUGAAAGGGUGUAUUUAAUUAGUUGUACCAUAUCUUACCCAUUUCUCCAUUUUUCUUAUUAUUUUGUAUUUUUUAUCUGCUAUACUCUAAAAUAAAUAAUGGAAAAAGUGAAACUCAAAAUAUAAGGAAAACUUGACUUUGAUACCAGGGCUAGGUUGUUCAAAGCUGGGUUAAGAUAACCCAGGGUUAGUGCAAAAUUUUAAAUUCAGAAAUAAAAGCUUUAAAAGCAAUUUCAGUUUAAUUCUUUUUAUUUAAAAUUUGAUGAUUGGAUGCUCUAAAAAAGGAAUAAAGAAUUUUUUUCCCAGAAAAAGCUUUUGAACAAGAGAAAAAGGAACACAGAUUAAAAUUUAAUCCCGGGUUAGUGUCAAUCGGCCUUCAAACAACUGGGCUCAGUACUGUAAGUGGGCCCAGUAGGUCCCUCUCCUCCCCUCCCCCCUUAUUGGUAGACCAAAGCUCUAAGGCACACAGUUCCUAGGCACAAGAGACUUUGUCUUGGCGAGAGAUCCCCCUCCCCUUUCCCUCUCUUUUUAAAUCUCUCCCUGAAUGUCAUGUUCAUUUUUGUUUUGCAGUCACUUUUGCAGAGUCAUUCAGAGUGGGAGAAGGAUAUUAGCAAGGAUUUAAGUAGGACAUUUCCAUUCCAUCAGAUGUUUUGUGAACCAGAUGGACCAGGGUAAGUUGAAUAUCCAGCAUGUAAAGAAAGUAGUGUCUGUUAGCCUGGGGCUAGUGGAUAUUGAUGUCAGGCUAGUGAAUUCUGUUCUUAACGUGGCCAUUGAGCAAGUAAAGUUUUUGGGAGAUUCAAAUAACAGAAGAAUUUUUAAUCAAUCCUGCUCAUCACAUUUUUGUUUUUGGGCCAGUUAAAAUGACUGUUGGACAAGUAUAUGCUAGCUACAGCUUGCCCAAAUUGCAAGCUGUAAAACUGACUUUCCUCACCUCCUGAUAACUGGCACAAACUUAGUGUACAUGUAUGUAAAAGACCAAAAAAAAUAAUCGGCUUUAUUACAGAUUAAGGGGAGAGAGAUGUAGAUAUCAGAUUAUAUAGGACAUAGUUGUGGCAAGAUGAUUUUAGCCAGUUCUUGGUAUAGUGCAAUGUUUGUUAACCUCACACCCCCAGUUUUUGCUACGGUAGUGUUAGCUUAGUAGAGAUGUCUGUUUAACACAGGUUCAUUUUACAGGUGUGCAAAUACCUCUUCAUUUUAGAAAGGGCUUUAUCAUGUUCAAACAGGACACUAUUUUAGUCUGAAAAAACAUGUAUGUGAUUAUUUUGUUGACUUCAAUUAUUUUUCAAGUACUUUUGUUCGAUCAUGACACCCCCUAAGGAAGGAUUCAGUUAGACAUUGGGCAUGACUAACUGUUAUUUUGAGCUCUGAUUAUUAUCAUGUUGUCCCCAGUUCGUGAAAAAAUGAAAACUUUAAUAACUGAAAACUGAAAUUAAAAAUUCAUGUGUAAUGUUAUUAUUUUUUUCAGGCAGAGGGAUUUAUUUAACAUCUUGAAGGCAUAUGCAAUUUAUGAUCCAAAAACAGGAUACUGCCAGGUACAUAUCACAUGUACGCGUAUAAAAGAGAUACAACAGCAACGUUUCUUUGCGUGGUUGUGUUAUAGGCAGAACACAUGUACAUCUUCUCAUCUAGUAUCUUUGAUCAAAUUUCCUCUUAAGUCAUUAGAUCUGCUAAUAAAAUAAUUAUGUAUAACAUAAAAUAAUUAUUGUAAAAUUAAUUAUUGUAGACCCUUUUUGUGAUGAAUAAAUUAAGGCAAAAAUAAUUUAGCUCCUCUGUUUCCUACUUUUCUGUGCUUUUGCAUAUUGUUUUAAGCAUCAUAUCUGUCGGAAAGUUCUGUUGAAAAUUAAUGCCAAGGAUCUGAAUGUAUUGGGGAAGUCCGGUUGGGUAGUGGGGCAAGAUUUUCAUUUGAAUUUUCAAGUCAGUAUGGCAUGAUUUGUGAGUAAAUCUUUGCCUGUUUGAUACUCUGAAUGCCAGCUAGAGGCUUGCUUGCACACCUAAUUCCCGAUAGUUUGCAAAUGAAUGAAUGUGAAUGUGUUUUUUGGCAGGCAAUGGCUCCAGUGGCAGCUGUGCUGUUAAUGCACAUGACAGCAGAGGUUAGAAAAUGA